AUGUGCAUGCCGGUUUUUGGUCCUCAAGUGUUGAUGGGCCGCGACGCUGGGCCAAUUUCCCGUCUCACCCGCACAGGCAAAGGUGGCUGCUCGUGGGACGGAACAAUAAUGCCACGGAAGAGGAGAUAUGCCGGAACAGGGCAGCUGGGUAAGGCGGAGUAGGUUAUAGAGGUACUACAUUUUUUUUCUUCUGAGAUAACCUUUUGGUCGAAACAGCUUGUCCGCAUACUGCAUGCAUGAGAGAUAGACGACGGUGGUUCAUGUCCGUCAAAACGUUUCGCGUUUCUUUUCUGUCUGCAAGACGGCUCUUGCGCACACCUCAGCGCUUUUUAUGAGAGACAGGCGAACGCGGGAAAGUUCAUCAUCAUGAUCUAUAUUUCGCCUUUUUUCGUCGAGAGUUCUCGAGGGUUGACCUUUUGCCCUAGAGGUAUAGACGAAAAGUUCGUGGUUGUCUAUUCAUCACUUGUUUCGCCGAGAGGGCAAACAUGUGAAAAUUCUGCACGAAAGGGGAGUUGGUGACCGCUGUCUCAGGACACGGAGACGAUGGCCUGAGAGCCCAUGUUGAGCGCGUUGCUUCUUGAGUAUUUUCUCGAUCCCCGAGACUACAUGUUAGGCUUCACACCCAGAGGUAGUGUUAAUGCCAGACCUUUUCCUUUGUGGCCUACAAUGUAGAGGUGGGGGUAUUUCUACGGUACGAACCGUUGGAGUCUUGGGGGCAUCAUCCGAGAUUGGCUCUACUUUGUCCACUCCAACUAGUAGUGUAGGGGAGAAAUAUUGCUUUCGGCGCGAGC